AUGAAUCAACUGAACAUUCUUCUUGUAUUCUGCCUUUUGGCAUUAACUGCUCUUCCAGUAUUCACCUACCCAUCUGACGAUUUCAGUUUGGAAGCUCUCGGAGAUGAUGAAUCCAUUCGUGUCAAGAGAUGGGGUGGAUGGGGUGGCCGUGGAGGAUGGGGAGGUGGCCGUGGAUACUACGGCGGUCGCGGUGGUGGCUGGGGACGUGGAGGCGGAUGGGGACGCGGAGGCGGAUGGGGACGCGGAUAUGGACGUGGAUGGGGAAAAUAA